GCAAGUUGCUGCACACACAGCGCGGUGCACGGCUUGAUGCCAUGGCACUUCCGAAUAUGCCAAGGACCACGCGUUGCUGCACUGGCACGGGCAGGCACCCGAUGCGGCCGUUGCCUCUAAUCCGAGAGGCUCAACCGUCAGAGCUGCGUGCCUGUGCUUCGUUGCUGGCCGAAGCCCUUGUGCCGAACGGCGGCGAGACUUCGCUUGGCAAGGUCCGCCGCUUGUUGAUGGCAAUCCUGGUGGAAAUCUCUCUAGUGCAACGAAUGAUGAUUGGAGCUUUCCAUGAGGGGAGACGAUCCUCGCAGAACUAUCAGCUCCUUCUGGUCGAUGGAAACAGUGGGCCUCAAGCCGUUUGCGAGCUGCAAACAGAUGGGAACACCAUGAAGCUGUCCAGCCUGGCGGUCCGCGCCAGCUGCCGCCGGCGGGGCCUGGCGCGCAGGCUGCUGCGGCGCACGGUGCGGAGGGCGAAGAAGCUGCGGUGCCAGGCGGUCCAACUGGACGUCUACGAAGACAACGUUCCGGCCACGGAUCUUUACCGAUCGGUGGGCUUCCGGCGCUUCGGUUGGACACCAGUUGUAAACUUGGAGCUGGAAGCGUUGUUGGGGAGAACUUGUGGUCGCUGGCGCUUAAACCUUCUCUCGGAGGAGAUGGAUGCGGACUCCGCUCUUGCGGAUGCGGAGGCAGCGCCCACGCUGGCGGACUUGGGGGCAGAGCUGAGCAAAAGACUUCUGUACCAGGUGUUCCUUGGGAUGGUUCUCUCGUCACUCUUCCAAGCAGCUUUUGGACAAGGUUGAAGGUCAAGUUGAUCUUGGUGCGCAGGCGAGCCUCCGCAGGAUGCUCAUGCUCCACUGCGCGGGCUUCGUGCUGGAAAUCAUCGGGAGUUCUCCACAGAAAGCCAUCGGGGACGUGCUGGUGAUCCGCAUGGUGAAGAUGCCUUCCUCAACCUUGGUCCUUCCGCGCGGCCAUGGGGAGCAUCACCCCCGCAAUGAAAGCAGAAGGAGGAUUUCGGGCUCGUGAAGUGCAGAAGCAUCCGCCGUCCAGGGACAUUUGGCCCGAUCUCGAGAUCGGGCUUGCGUGGACCAAAAGCCGGUGGGGGCCUUCGGAUUGAAGCAGGGGGCCGAAUUGCGAGGUAGGGACCGGUGACCUCACACCAUGGGUUGAAGGACCACUUUGCACCUCAAAUUCGAUGUGCAAGUUUUGAGAUGGGAGAACCGACUCGUUCGGCGCACAGUUGUGAUGAGAUGGGAUUUCUUCAUCCGAACCCACGCUCCUUCGGCGAGAGGGUAGAGAUCGCGGCCUUUCGUUCGAUCCAAACCUGGAGACCGAAACCAGGCGUUCCGACCCCCUGAACGGUUCGGACAACAGACCAGUCUACCGAGUGCCAGGUCUGAACAUACACAUCAAAGAAGGUAUCCUUUAGUAGUGACCUUCUCUUCAUUUGGUGGUCAUACCGGAG